UCAGAGUAUUACAGUCGUUCUCCACAAUCACUGAUCAACUUCACAGCUUGCCGGGUAAGUGUUAAAUCUGAAGCGUGUUUUUGCGCUCAGGUAAGAGCUGCGUCCGUUGCAGUGUUUUGAUUGUGGCCUGCUGUUGGUUUAGUGCUUUAAAGAGCCUCUCGCUUGUCAAACUCAAUGUGACGUGUUAGUGUUCUCUGUCAGAGCUGUGUGAGGAUUCCCUCAGGCACAGAGAGAGUUAAACAGAGCCCCAGCCUUUCCAUGUGAAUUCCCUUCGUGGACAUUUUUUCUGCAUAUCAGUUGUAGCUGUGAACGCAGGCCGUGAGAAUGUGAGGUGAGCUGCUGUGGAAGUGCUGCGCUCCUUCAGAAGAUCCUCGCAUGACUCUUUCAUCUCACGCUGCUCUGAAGACUCUCCUGUAGCGCUCGGGACGUCCUAAACAGGUGCGAUGGCGAUGACAUCCGGCUCUUCUCAAAUGUGCGUGCUGGUCUUGACCUUGGGCUUCCUGGUCUUUGAGAUUGUUGUCGGCCAAAUUUGCAGAUCUCUCCUCGUUACGGUGGACAGCUUCCAUACGCUCAACGUUUUCAUAAAUCUGGCUCUAUCUGCAAUAAAGCAUCAUUCUAAUUCUCCCUGCUCACCUGAUACCUCCACGACUGCUGGUCCAUCCCAUCUAAACCUCUCUUCUACAGGAGGUCCGAGUCCUCUGUAUGCUGAGGACUACAGAAGGAUGCGUCUCAAACCCUUCGGCAUCCUGAUCUCAGCUCUGCUCAUGGCAUCUCAGUGUGUCUCCGUUAGUCUGGAGAUUCUCACACAUCUUGUCCAGCCAGAACCCAUUCAACACCCACUCCUGUCCAUUGUGGUUGGAGGAACUAGUCUGAUAUUCAAUAUACUUGUAUUGUCCUGGAGAAGAAGCAGCAGCAGAGGAAUUGAUGAAGCUGCUGAUGGGAUCAGCAAGAGUCUGAUGCGAAAUGACCCUCAUUCUACAUCAGAACGCAAAGGAGGUGCUCUUCAAGAUGACACACUGAUGUUCUGCAACCCUGAAGCAUUGAGUGUUCUGGAUGCAGAUCAAGGCUGUCAGGACGGCUCUGCUGAGUUACCAAAUCCCAGCAUCUCUGAUCCAGUUCAGUCCAGUCAUGCUCAAAUGUCCAUUUCCAGUAUCGGUGGAAGUUCUCAGGAAAUCAUUCAGCAUUCAGUGCAACUUCCAGAAGAACCAUGUCACUCCACCUGCACUGAACCCACCGUUUCUCAGUGUGCUCCUGGAAGAUCCGGGUUCAGACGACAGCUCGGCUCCAUCAGUGUGAUCCAGGAUCUUCUGGGUUCAGUCCUGAUUUUGACUAAUGGUCUGGUUCUCCUGCUGUCUGCAGCGCACUGCCAUCGGUCUCACUCAGACUGUCACCUCCUGGUUUAUCUGGACGCAGGUUUUUCCGCAGUCUGUGUGCUGGUUUUGUUCUCCAUGUCCCUGCCGAGGCUGCGGCGCUACGGUCUGCUGGUGCUGCAGGCGACGCCGCUGCAUCUCUCCGUCGCUCAGGUGCGGCUGAGGCUCGCUGAAGUCCCAGGUGUGCUGUCGGUUCACGAGCUGCAUGUGUGGCAGUUGUCGGAGGCGCUGGUGGUAGCCUCGCUGCACGUUCACUGUCCGGCCGGGCUGAACGCAGCACAGUGUGCAGAUCUGAUGGGGAGGAUCACAGCAGUGCUGAACGCUUUUGGCAUCAAACACUGCACUGUGCAGCCGGAGUUCAUCCGGAGCGAAGCCGUGGCCCGUGGCGGCUCGGCCUGUAGUUUGCGCUGUGGGCAGGAGUGUGUGGAGAAGCUCUGCUGCUCCCCUCAGGUGGAAGAAACCAGCUGUCCCAAGACAGAGAGUCCUGUUUGUGUCCAGGAGGAGGAAUCCUGCUCUCCAGCGCCGCACAGUGUUGAUCAGAUUAGAGAUGUGGUUAUUGAGAACACGUACCUGUGAUGAUUAAAGGGGUCACCGGAUGCCCAUUUUCCACAAGUUGAUAUGAUUCUUUAGGGUCUUGAAGGGAGACACUGCAGGCAAAAACACUGUGUUUUCAUGCACCUGUCAAGUUUGAGAUUUUGGGCUUUUUAGUUUUUCAUAGUGUUUUUUUUGUUGUUGUUGUUGUUUUUAGACUAGUGGAAAGAAAACAUCCAAAAGACACUGUUAAGUGUUUUUUUUUUCUUGUUUUUUUUUUUAUAACACUAUCUAUUUGUGUCAAUAGAUUUCAGUUACAAUACAUAUUUUUAAAGGCCGUUUUCUCAAAAUGAGUCUUUUCUCCUACACUGAGCCAUAAAUAUCUACUUCAGUUGCACUUACACACACCAAACUUUACAUUUUUAUUCCUGUCUGUAUCCUGAAGGUUUUUACAGAGAGAUUUGUUCAUAUAUAAUUUGCUUGAUUACAUACAUUUCAUUCCCCCCAAAAUUGUGAAAAUAUAUUGUUUUCUGUCUGUAUUUUCUGAAUUAUUGAGUGACAAAAAUGAGAUACUCAAAAUUCCCUCUGUAAAAACAUUUUUUUAAAAAUUAAAAAAAUAAACAAGAAUUUUGAAACUGCCUUCAUCCAGUGUUUAGAUUUUUGUACUAGAAAUGUAUGCAAAUUAGUGCAUAUUUCAUGCCUCAUUUGCAUAUUUAAACCUCAAAAAUGAAAAAAAGGAGGAUAUUGCGCUUGGUUCCAUUCACAUGUAACACGAUUUUCAAGUCAAUAAUAUAAUCCAUCAUCCAAAUAGAACCCAAAUAAAUGUUAUUUUCGCUGUGUUCAAUACAUACAAUACGUAUUAAAUGGUUAUUUAUAUACGUAAAUAUACAUGACUGUACUGGCAGGAGAAAGUAAUGUAGAUGUUGUGAGAAAAACGAACAGUAUACUGCUGUGUUUUCUCUCCUCCACCAUAUUUAAAGU